CGGCAGGCAGGGAAACCGCAGCGCAACGCAGCUUCCCAGGUCCAGUACGCCUCCAACCAUGCUAAUGGUCACGUCCCUGCGAUACCAACACACACGCGACGACACUCGACCGAAGGCGCCCCCCGCCGCCCACCAUGGCGUCCGCGCACGACGAUGCGACUCCGUCAACGGCUGAUGCGCCGCGAACACAAUCGCUAGAAACAAAACCCUCUUUAUUUCAGCUGCAGUACGCCCUUGAGAAGCAUGAGAGCACCAUGCACGACAUAUCAGAGGCUGAAGAUGUCCGCUCCUUCGAAACUCCCGACGCCGACCUGCCUCCACUGCCUGCCGACGACGAAGACAGCUUCCUCCAUGCCGACAACGUGGCCGACACCCAGCUGCACGACAACGACAGUGCGCUUAUGCACAGCGAGAUGGAGCGUCAUCUCAUGCACAUGGAGUCCAGCUUUCUGAUUGACCCCGAGGCAUCGGUCACCACAGACGCUCCUCCGCCGGCAGCAGCAGACGACACUUACCUGUUCGGUGGCUCCCCAGGGCACUCGCGACCAACGUCCAAAGCAGGCGAAGAAGAAAACCGGGCCGAACCACCGACUCCUUUCCACGACUCCCACGAGGGCGACUCUUCUGUCCUGUCGAACGAACCGCCAACGCCGGCGGGCGCCUACAAGACACCUGCAGUACGCCGAUUGGAUAUAAAUGACGAAUCGAUGGACUCUGGCGUUUCCACGUCCGAAGUCAUGCCCUCCUCACCCUCGGCCGACGCUGCAAAGCGCCGCAUUAAAUCAUCGGAAACGAUCGAUCAGGGACAAUCAGUGGACGAAGACAGGGACGAGUUAGCUGCGGCUGAAGAUGGCGACGAGCAAUCCGAGCAAGACAUCUCAAUCCUACCCGAACUGCCAGAUCUGCGAUCACUUAGAGACUACGACGAUUCCCGCCGACCGACUUCGAGUGCCUCUACCGUGAAGGCUCCACCAGAUUUUACCGCGACUGACGGUGGGGAUGGAGAGUCUUCUUUCGGAGACCGCCAUGAACUCAGCACCGAGAACAUGCGGUUGUCCGCGUCGCAAGCCCCGACAACCGCUCUGAAAGUCGGGAAGAGGCCGAGUUUCUUGUCAAAUCGUACAUCCAGCCAGCGAUCAUCACUCUCUUCAAUGACCAACCUCUCCAACAUGUCCGGAGACAACGGAAGCACUGUCAGCCUUGGAGCAGACUACGCUCUACAGUCAGGCGGUUCGGCGCCGCGCUCUUCGGCUCCACGCAACAUUGAACUCUCAAGAUUACCAAGUCUGGGGAGCAUAGCGUCUUCAAUGUCUGGGUACAGUGAUACUAAUCCCUGGGAUAGGAUGCGCAGCAUCAGUUCAAAUUCCUUAUCAGCACUUCUGCAUCAGGACCCCAAUCUAGAACCAUUAGAAGAAGAAGCGCCCGGCACCACUACCCCUCCAGAGACACCGCGUGCUCCGAAUGUGAAGAUCAUACCUCCAACUGACACUGUCAUUGCCAGGCAUGUUCAAGACAUCCAGGUCCCAGAUACUGUUGCACGCGAGUUCCGGCAAAAACACGGCGAUUCGCCAAAGAAGCGACACACGGCGACGCCAUUCACCCGAAACAAGCACAAUUUGACGCUCAAGGAACAGAAUAGUAAGAUUGACAAGUUGAGCAAAGAGAAUUUUGACCUCAAGCUCAAGAUCCACUUUCUUGAUCAGGCGCUCCAGAACAGAUCGGAUGAGAAUGUGCAGGAAACGAUCAAUAAAAAUGUACAGCUGCAAACCGAUCUUGCGAACGAGAAGAAAGAGAACCAGUCACUGCGCAAAAGACUCCGGGAUCUCGAGAGGAGACUGAAAGCACAGGACGAUGGGGCGACCAGCAGAGAAACAAUCAGUGGGGACGAGGAAGACAGAAGCGACGGUGAUGUGUCGAGAUCUGCACUCGAAGAGGAGAUCGAAUUCCUCCGAGAACGUCUCGAGACAACAGAAACGACGAUCGAACAGUGGAGGGAAGAAGCGCUCCAGAAGGAGGCCGACAACAGACGUAUGGCCGAUUAUAUUAGGACUAUGAAUGAAAAGGGUGUCGUGGAUGAAUCGGCAGGUGUCAGCGAGGCUAUCAACAUGUGGAAGGAAGAUUUCGAAAACGAACGCCUCCGACGCGAACAGGCGGAAGGUCGGUUCGCGCAGGCCGAAGCUGAGCGCGAUCACCUUCAGAAAGAAGUGCAGCGCCUUCGUGAAGAGCAUUUCUCGCAACAAUCGCAUCACUCCACGACCAACAACCACAUCAAGCACGUUUAUAGCAAUCGACAUCUACGCUCGACGAUGACCACCCGCUCGAACGCCGGAUCGGACUUCAAUGAACAACAAGCUAUUUCUUCCAUGGGCGGCACUAGCGGUACGCUAGUAGAGCAUUUACAAGUUGACAACGAGAAGCUGCAGCGCGACCUCCAUGCGCAAGCAUCCAUGCUCACCUCUCGUAGCCGCGAGAAUCAACGAUUACGGGAGGAGAAUGAGGGUCUCAAACUUACCAUUCGAAGAGGCGACGUGCAGUCUAUUGCGGGGGACAGUAUCCUGGAGCGCUCAAUUUCCCGCAAUCAUCAACGCUCUGUUUCACGUGGCAGUAGAGAUACGCGGGCUACCCAGAUCAGCGAGCCUGUGCGCGAUCAAGAACGCGACGAUCUUGAAGCCAAGUGUGCGUCCCUCCGCGACGAACUCUCGCAGACGAAGCUCCAGUAUAAGGAGCUUGAUGAUCAGCUUGUCGGCCACCUUGACCUGCUCGAGCAGACCGAACUCAAGGUGCAAGAACUUCAAAGAGAGCUUGACGCUUCGACAGAGGAUCUACAAGCGCUGUCAAAUGAACGAGACGAGAUUCUUGAAGGCUUGCAAGAGAAGGAUCAGGAAUGCGAAGACGUCAGGCAACAGGCUCUAUCGACAAUCCAAAGGCUUGAAGCCGAGAUUGAGCAGAAGGAACUGGAGUGCAAUCGUCUUCUGAUUGAACUUGAGAACAUCACGGAAGAUUUCAACGCUCUGCAGCACGAGAUGAAGAAUGUCAGCGAGAGCCUGAUGCAGCUUGAAGACGACCGGGACGCCAGCAUGCGCAAAAUCCAACACCUUGAGUCGGAGCUUGAUGACGCCAACCAAGAGCUGGUUAGGCAAGAUAAGCUUCUUUCCGACGAGAAGGCGAAGAACGAGAAGCUCGACAUACAGCUUGAAUCAUGCCAAGGCGAGAUUGACUUCCUACGUGAGGAACAAGAAGGCGACAAGAUCAAGAUUGGCGAGCUUGAGUCGACGCUGAAUGCAGCGCAGAUCACAAUACAAGACGAAAAGGAACGACAUCGUGAACUAGAAGAACGCAUUGCAGAAGAAAGACGUCAACGAGAGGUCCUGGAGAGUCAGGAAAAACAAGAGGUGGACAAGGUCAUCACUGAACUCAAUACACAGCUUGCGAAGCUCAAAGAAGAGAAUAGGAAACUCCGCAAAGGCCUCUCAAGUAAAGAAGUUGAAGCAGCUCAGUGGAAACAGCGGCUGGACGAGCUUGAGAGCAAUCUCCGGGAGGCCCUAGGUAACCUUAACGGUACCAGGGCUAGUUUGUUGAAAGACGUUCAGAAACUGCAGCGCGAUCUUGAAGAAACUCAGCAAGAACUUGACAAUUCACGGCAAGACCUGGCGGAGAAGGAUCGACUUCUUCGCAAUCGUGAUGCGUUAUUAGAGAGCACCGGUCUGGAAAGUCGUCGUCUCUCCGACAUGCUCGAGAAGGAGAGGCAAGCCCGCCGACAGGACCAGGCUUCUUUCGAGAAUGUCAAACGCGGGCAACAAUCCGUCACCCGAACCAUACAGCAACAUGAGACUCGGGUACUGGAGCUUGAAACGCUCCGCAGCCAGGACAGACAGAAGCUCCAUACUUUGGAGAAGAAAUACCGCGAAGAGCUGCUAGAACGGAACAACCUGCUUUAUGCUCUUUGGAACCGACUUUCGACUCUGUGUGGUGGAGAAUGGGCUCGCAACCACAGCCUCGUCAAUGGCGAAUUGCCGUCUAUGGAGGUAAUAUCAAAGAAUAUACAGGGGUUCAACAAGAACAUUAUCCUCGCUGUAAAGUACGUCGAGGGGAUUGUUGGUGGUUUCCGUCAGCGAAUCCGCAGUCUGGAUAAAGAUCUUACCCGCGAUUAUCAAACGCUCGAACACACUCUCGAUGUCAGAUUAAAACGCCUUGAUCAAGUCGAGAAGCUCGUGCGUGCGCAGCGAGACUCCAUCGGUCGGCCGAGCACUGUCCGUGGCGGUGUCGUCGAGCUCAACACGCAGGAGCUUAACAAACUCCGUCAGGAGAAUAAGACUCUCCGUACAGAGAUUCAGACCCUCCGCGCCAUACAAGUAACAACCCAGGUCUCACCUGGAGGCUCUCGUUCCAGCUCGCCCAACUCCAAGCGCGCCAGCGUAGCAGCCACACUGCUCCGCCACCAUUCCACAUCUGCGGUUGAAGGCAUCCAGAAGCAAACGCCAGACCACCCGUAUCCCCAAGCCGGGCCACUACAGCAUAACGAGCAGAAGUGGAUCCAUCGGCUUAAGGAGCUGGAGCGGCGCUUGAAGGCUGAGCGCGAAGCACGGCUGCUGGAUCGCAGCGGCGCGAGGAAGAGGCUGGAACAAAAAGUGGAGGAGAACGCGGAGCUCCGGGGUAUGCUUGAGCGGGAGCGAGAGCGGAGUGGUAGCGUCGUUCAGUCCAUGGCGGGCAGCGUGAGCGCAAGUCGGAGCAACCUCGGGGUAGAGGAGGAUCUGUAUUAGUAUUGCAUUGUAUGGGGCUUUUUGGGCGUCCUUGUGGGGUAAUGUCUAUGAGUAUGAGGCGCGUCGUCGUUAUCAUGUAUUAUCAUUUCUGUCAGGGAAGCGAGGAAGUCAAGGCGUAGGCUUUUCGGGCGCUUUAAAUGAUUCAAGAGACGGUUUGAGUGUUGUAGGAUUCAUGAACAGUACAAUGGGAUGGUUAUGAUGCAAGACCGGGCGUUGACAUAGGAAAGCACGUGGUGUUUUGUCACGGGAUAUCUACCGCCAAUGCAAGGGAACUUCGCUCUAGUUUUCGAGGACGUCGAAACCUAUCACACAUCAAUUACUCACCCACUUAACCUAUCAACUGCAUUGCUUGGCUUCCUUUCCUGUUCUACAAUAGUUCUUCU